CUGCCCGGGCUGCGCUAGACUCGGACUGUCCCGGAGAGCUCCCGGCUGCGCGGGAGCGCAAACCCCCCUCGCCUGCCCGGAGCCCAGCGCUCCCCAGCGCGCUAUGGCCGGGGCCGUGGGGGAAGCUGCGCUGCCGCCCAUCGCCUCCUUCGCCAGCCUGCUGCCCAUGGAGGACAAGCGGGGGCCGCUGUUCCACCCCCGCUUCGCCACCAUGGAGGGCGGCCCCGCCGGGAUCAAGAGGGAGGACGACGACCUGGGCAAGUUCGUGGACUUGGAUUUCAUCCUGGCCCACACCAGCAGCCCGCAGCAGGCGGGCCCCGCCUACCCCCUGCCCGACACCCCGGAGAGCUGCGGCACCGACGGCGACGGCUCCUACCCGCCCGCCAGCAAGUUCGGGGCCCCCUACCCCGACAGCCACAGCUACAUGGCCGAGCUGCUCACCGCCGACCUGCCGGGCCCCUGCGAGCUGCAGCGGAGGGAGUACACGGAGCUGCGGGUCCCCGGCGCGCUGGGCCACCCGGCCGUGGCCCGGCCGCUGCCCGCGGAGCACGGGGCGCCGCCCCUGGGGGCCCGCAUCAAGCAGGAGCAGCCGGAGGAGCGGGCCUGCAUGCUGGGCAGGCCGGGCGAGUGCCUGGGGCCGGGCGCCGCGGACCGCAAGCCCCUCAUGCUGCCCCCCCAGCAGCCGCUCUACCCGCCGCGCCCCGGCUUCCCGCAGCCCAGGCUGGGCCCCCCCGAGGAGCUGGGGCCGGCCGGGGAGUGCCCCCUGCCCCCGCACCUGGGCCCGCACCACUACGCGCUGCCCCCGCACCACUACCCGGCCCACCUCGCCGCCCACGGGCCGGCCCAGUUCCACGGACACUUCAGCGUGUUCCGGGAGCCGCUGCAGGCGCCGCCGGGCCUGCUGGUGACGCCCCCCCACUCGCCGGUGCUGGAUUACUUCCCCGCGGGGGGGCCGGAGCUCGGCAAGCCCCGGCGGGGCCGCCGGUCCUGGGCCAGGAAGCGCACGGCCACGCACAACUGUGACUACCCGGGCUGCGGCAAGACCUACACCAAGAGCUCGCACCUCAAGGCGCACAUGCGGACGCACACCGGGGAGAAGCCGUACCACUGCAACUGGGAUGGCUGCGGCUGGAAGUUUGCCCGCUCAGACGAGCUGACCCGUCACUACCGCAAACACACUGGCCACCGGCCCUUCCAGUGCCACCUGUGCGAACGGGCCUUCUCCAGGUCGGACCACCUGGCACUGCAUAUGAAGAGACACAUGUAAUGGACAGAAACGCCUCUGGGGAUCUGGCCCCUGGCCAGGCGGGAGGGGAGACACUGAACUCUAUUUAUGAAGUCACAAAAUAUUUUCUUAUUGAUGCAACUAAUUUAUGUCGCUAGCGAGGUCUGGAAAGAGCAAACGCUCAAUAUUUAAAGGUAAAACCAGCUGGAUCUUCCACAGCCAUGUCUAGAUCAAUAGCUACCCAGGACUCUGGCUGUGGAAGUGCUGAGCCCGGGUGUAUAAUACUGUACAGAAUGAGUUGAAUAUCUUGCAUUUUUAAAGGGAUUUUUAAGCUUAUACAUUUGAUUUUUCUUUAAUUUUUUUUUAAAUGUUGUAAUGUAAAGACUGGGCAGCAUCCGAGUGGAUCUGGGUUAAAGAACAUUUUGAAAAAAAAAAAAUCAAGCUCAAAGAAACAAGGCAGCUUCUGUAGACUGUCAGCACCUUUUUAAGCCUUCUUCAAAGGCAGACAGGAAUUGCCAGUGUAGGUCGGACCCCUGGGCCAUCUGCCCUGGUGUCCUGCCAUGCUCCGCUCCCCACCCACUUACAUAGUCUGAGAUUGGCUUAGGCCCUGAAGCAGGAUCACUUCCCAAAUGUGUUGGCAUUAACUUGGCUCCCCUUCCAUCCCACGGGUGCUGUGCUGCUCGCUGGUGUGGUGAUCAAGGCCCAGCUGCUGGAAGCUGAGAGUGCCUGAAACUGCUCAGCUGCCACUCCUUGGAAAGUGAAUUUCUAACCCAAAAUGGGACCGGAGUGAGGCCAGAAAAUGACCCACCCUGUAAAAUCUCAUGAUUUGUGAAGCGAUCUCGUGGUUGUUGGAGCCUGACUCCAGGAUUUUGACUACUGCUGAGCGGCACAAGGACAGGGAUCUCCCUCCUUUAUGCCCUUCAAGGGAGUGUUCCAAAUCCGAUUGGAAUUGCCAUAGCCCCAAGCCAGCCCCUGGCCCAUGGGGAACCCCCCUCCGCAGCCGGCUCCCGUGCCCAGUACAAAUCAGCGGCAUCUCCCGAAAACAGUCCUAUUUGUAAUGUGGGGUCUGGAUUUGUCUUGUCACUUUUAACUGUGUAUUUUUGUUUGUUCCCCUUCUGCCGAAGGAUGAGCCGGAAACCAGGUACUGCUGCAGCCCCCUUUCCAAGCUGCUUCCUCAAACUUUAUUGUGUAAAGAGGACAAGGAGUUUUGUCCACCUAUGAAUCCCCAGGUCUCCGCUGUACUUGAACCCUUCUUUUAAAAAGAGAAGGCCAAGAAGUCUUGAUGUGCAGCUUCCGCAAGGUGCGCUGUGAGUUGGCAAAGAGCAGGGAUCUAGCGGGUUUGGGUUUUCUAGGACUUGUCUUCCUGCUGGGACUCCCAGCUCGGAGAAGAGCUGUUCCUGGCUGUGUAUAUUGUCAAUUAACAUUUCGCUCCCCCACUUUGAAAUGUUACUUUUCUGUAUAUGCACCAGUGCGCUAUUGUGAUCUGAUGUAAAAUAAAUAAAUACGCCUCCACAUCAGGAGCCAGCAGAGUUUACUUUGAAACCUUCCCCAGGAGCGAGAAGCAGAUGGCAGGCGUUACUGUUUGUAAA